AUGCCCCUACCAUACAGCAGUAUAUUCUUUAAUACAUUCUCUGAUGAUAGUAUCAUUAAAAUUAUGAGCUCUCCUAUGAGCUCUCUGAUGAGCUCCCCUCUGAGUCAGCGCGAACAAUCUGUGUCUGUUGAAUCCACUGUCCUCCCUUCGCGGAGCCCAUCACCUCAGGCUGAACCAGAAAAGACACAGAAGAGAGACUGUCCUCCCAAGGAACAGCCAGAAAAAGCUAUAUAUCCCCAGGAUGAGAUGAAGAAGCCUGACAAAAGACGAAAAGAUGUAGCAGCACUCCUCAAAAUUGCACAAGGCCUGGAUUGGGAUGAAGUGAAGGUCAAGAUUACUGAGAAGCUCGCUGAACGUCUCAAGCUUAAGAAACCUGAUCUCUCAGACUACAAACUCACAUUCUCGGUACCUCAGCAUCAAACAUCUCCAAUCCCACUUGUGAAUGAAGAUGACUUCGACAACCUAUGUGAAGUAGCCAUCAAGUGCAAGGACCCUCAAGCGAAGGUUAUUAUCGAGGCUAUUCUCAAGAAGGCACUGUUAGAUGACAAUACCUUGAUCAAGAAAGGGACGGGGAAAGAAAACAAUGUUGGCAGUGACAAUGAAGAUGAUGGGACCGACGACGACAGUGCCAACAGGCCAAAGAAGAAGAAGAAAGGCAAGAAAACCCCAGAUGAACUUCCAUUGAACAUCAAGGUUGCUGCACACAUGAAGACACUGCAGAACUGGUGGGUCUGUGAAGAAUCCACCCCUGUGACUGUAAAACAACCUCCAAACCAUCGUGCUUUUGAUGGUUUGCAUGACAACCAAAUGGCUGUGAAAUCACCUCUCCUUCAGCAACAUUUAUCCGAUCGUGACAAGAACACAUCCAGUGCUCCAACCAUCAACUUCAACAUACCACCUGAGCUCCUUGGGUUCCUUCGUCCCCCAGCACCUGAGAAUGCGGCCAACAUGGUAGCACUGCCACACAGAGACCGAGAGUUGAUGCCCCUCCUACCUCCAACAAUGCAGCCUGGUCUCGAUCUCACACUUAUUGAUUUCUGCACUAAGUUUUCACUUGCAAAUGCAAUCCUGACCAAGUUACACAAUAACAGCUACACAGGAACACAUACCAUCAAGUACAUUGUGGUCUCCGAGCUGAAAGAAAUGGGGUUCAUGAAUGGCAAGAUCGCGGCGAUGAAGGAUGCUGUCGAACAAUGGUCUCGUCAAGGGACCCUCAGGCCCCUAUCGUCUCCGCCAAACAUCGCUGUCACAACCGCGUUACAACACGUGACAGAUGACAUCACCGGCACGUGA